AUGUGGGCAGAGCGCAACACGCGGAUUGGCAAGGAGCUGUCCGGCGCGCUCGUCGCCACCCUGGCUGGCAUGGCACUGGCAAACUGCGGCUACCUGCCAGCCCCCGCCUCGGCUGCGCACGCGGGGCCAGCCGAGGUGGGGGCGGUCUUCAAAUUCCUCCUGCCCCUGGCCAUCCCCAUGCUGCUGCUCAGUGCAGACCUGAGGCGCAUCAUAGGGGAGACGGGCCGCCUGCUGCCUGCGUUCCUGCUGGGGGCGGCCUGCACCGCGGCCGGCUCAGUGCUGGCGAUGGCGCUGUUCCCCCUGACGCCCCUGGGGGAGGACGGCUGGCGCAUCGCGGCGGCGCUCACGGCACGGCAUAUAGGCGGUGCUGUCAACUACAUGGCGGUGUCUGAGGCGCUGUCCAUCACGCCCUCCACCUUUGGCGCGGGCCUCGCGGCGGACGACCUCAUACUCACGCUCUACUUCACGGCCCUCUACUCACUCGCGAAGAACAUCCCGCCGGACGCGGGGGACGGCGGCAGCGCCCCGGCGGGGGCCGGCGGUGCUGGGGCUGCGGGGCCUGGGAGCGGUGGCGGGCAUGGCGGUGGAGCGGAGCGCGUUAUCAACGUGCCCCAGGGCAUGGCUGCGGUGGCGCUGUCGUCGGUCGUCUGCUACCUGGGGACCCAGCUGGCCACAGCCUGGGCCAUGCCCUCGCAGAGCAUCACCCUGAUAACAGGCAUCACUGUGGCCGAAGCAGUCGCGUUCAGCUGGCCUUGGAUGACACAGGGAGCUUUGCUGCAGGCGGCGAUGGGGUUGGUCUUUUUCGCCGCCGUCGGCGCCUCUGCCAACGUGGGCCUCGUGCUGCGCACCGCCCCCGUGCUCUUCGCCUUCAGCGCCAUAGCCCUGGGGGCGCACCUGGCGCUGCUGCUGGGACUGGGCCACCUGGCCGGCUUCUCGCGGCGCGACCUGCUCCUGGCCAGCAACGCAAACAUCGGGGGGCCGUCCACGGUCGCGGGCAUGGCUGCGGCCAAGGGGUGGCGUUCGCAGCUCGUGCCGGCCAUCCUCACCUCGACCCUGGGCUACGCCCUGGGGACAUUCAUCGGGAUAGGCCUUGGCCACACCGCAAUGCGGCCGCUCUGCGUGCUGCGGUGA